AUGGCGUUGAAUUACAUCAAGGAACGAGUGCUCGGUCGUGGAUCUUUUGGGACUGUUUUCUUGAUACGAAUGGCGACGGCUGAGGCGAAAGGAGCAAACGGGGUACGUAGCAAUUGCAAAAGUCCUGAAAACGGAGCUUUGAAUUACGUGCUGAAGGAAAUCUGCAUCCGAGAUGAAAAACAACGCGAUGCUGCCCGUCAGGAAGGCCGACUCUUGUCUCAGUUGAAUCAUUCGAAUAUCAUUCGCUAUUUCGACUCUUUUGAAUCACCCGUCACCGGAAAUUUAUGUCUCGUGAUGGAGUAUUGCCCAGGAGGUGACGUCGCAGCUGUCAUUCGUCAAAGACGAGGUGUUCCAAUCCCAGAGACACAAAUUCUCAAUUGGUUUCAACAACUAGCCUCAGCCCUGGAUUACCUUCACAAGCGGAAAAUCCUACACAGAGAUAUCAAAACGGGCAACAUUUUUGUGACGGCCAAUCCUUCGGUACUGAAACUUGGCGAUUUCGGUGUGGCCAAAGUGCUUGAACGGACUGGCCAAAUGGCACGGACGUGCGUCGGUACGCCGGGAUAUUUGUCGCCUGAGAUUUGCGGGAAUCGCCAAUACAACAGUAAAAGUGAUAUCUGGAGUUUGGGGUGUGUCUUGUACCAGUUAAUGACCCUUCGGCCGCCAUUCACGGGGCGUAACAUGAACCAGUUGUUGAUCGCCAUAGUGCGCGGCCACUUCCCCCCGAUGCCGGCCCGUUACAGCUACGAACUGCGACAGACUGUAGCAACAAUGUUGCGAAAGAAUCCCGAAGACCGACCAUCAGCUGAAGCUCUCCUCAGGAAACGCCUUUUCUCAAUCAAACAGACGCAUCAGUCUGUUACCAAACGAAAGCUAGUUAUCAGUUCCAUCAACCGCAAAUCACUCGGGUCUCUUUCGGUCUAUGCUACCCCGCUAACACGGCCUGCAAAAGGAACAUUCGUCAAAAGUAAGAGCCAAAUUGUUAAGACUAAAAAAGAUCCUCGUCGAAGGUGGAAUCCACCAACGCAAACUUUGAUCGGUGCUCUCAGCUCGUUAACACUGACGGACGCGACGUCUACUUACACUUUGACAAAUGACCGAUCAUGGUCACUUGAUCAUCUCUCUGAGAAUACUUACGAUGAAUCAGACGAGUCGCAGCAAUCAGUUGAUUCCGAUAUUCUCUGCUGCAUCAACGACCGGAAUACUAUCGUGAGGACAUCUGAUGAAACGCAAUAUCACCGACUGGAACGUUGGAUGGUCUCUCUUGAAGCAGUCCAUGGCGUCAAACUACUGAAAGAUGUUAGUGGGCGUCUGGUGAAUGCAGCGAUAUCAGAAGUGGAAUACGUCGUACGUGACAUUUUGUUUAAUAAAAUUUCGGAAUCAUCCAUCAACGAGCUGGUGGAUUUUUUUACCUUUCAAAGACGUCUUUACCUCAGCAAUUUUGGUGUUUAAAUACUUUGAUUUGUUAUUUUUCUUUAUGUGUGCAAAAUAAAAUGGGGUACCCUUUUAUGUAAA